AUGGCAGCACUCUGCAUUCCCAAGGGACGGUCGUUUUCGCCCCUUGUGGCCUCAUUUCUGGAAAAUGACUCUGGCCUGAAGAAAUACGGCUCCUACCACCCUGCGGUUGUUGUUAUCUCCCAGGACACAUCCAUGCUAUACGAGCCAAUCAAAAAGGGGGCUGUGAAGGUGCAUGGCUAUUGA